GUGAUGCUGGAGUAGAGACACUCCCUCGAGCGGCGUCGUUGAUCGUCUCCCCCGAGUCCUGAUCCUAACGGUGAUUUAGUAUAGUUUUCAGCGAGUCUCGCUCGCUGGCGUGCCGCCAACACUCGUCCGGACCCGGCGAGGGGUUGGAAAGAGAGAAACAGAGAUAGAGGGCCGGAGACAGGGAAAGAGAGGAAGAUAGGAUCUCGUUAGGGGGUCGCGCAGGACGAACGACGAGGACGACACGGUGAACCGUUAACGAUCAACGCGUCUUCGAUCGCUCGAUGAUCUAGUGCACUGCUCCUUGUGUUUAUCUUUUUCCCUCGCCCCUUUCCGAUGCUGCCAGCCGACCACCCGCCCCGGCGUGUCCAUUCGGUUCCACGCGUUCAGUCCCGACUCCCGGCUACUGUGACACCUGACGCAUAUCGGCACCCUACGGAUUAAGAGCCCGGUGACCAGGAUCCGCUGGAAAUCACUGUGAUUCUGACGACUGGACUACGAGCGAGCUGAAAUCGGUUUACCCCGUGCAACGGGGGAGUUACGAUCCGUUGACGAUGCCCGAGAGGAUAGUGGCUGUUCGGGACCGAGUUGUGGGAAGAGACGGAUAAGUGGACCGUAAACUCCGCUGGAUCUAGUUGGAACUCAGAUAAAUGAAUUCGACCGGAUCGUUUGGAUGCCGGCUGGCUUUUCGCGAGCUGAUAAACAAAACUGUGCGUCCCUCGAGGGGAAGGGAUGAUGGUUUAGUGCCGCGAUAGGAAGUGAAGUUGAAGAACCGCGGAAAGUUGUAGAGUUUAUAGAUUCUUCUGCACGAUGUGUCCGGGUUCUGCCGGGGAGAGCAACAGGAUAUUAAUUUGAUGGAAACACGCUGCCGCUGCCGGCGCUCGCCGAUGUUUUUCCAAUGAAAUAGAAAUACCUUCCAGCCGAUUGAAAGUGCGUUCUCAUGAAAUCCAAUCGAUGCUUCGGAACUUUUUUACUUGUUUCCUGUUUAUUAAUAAAACGGACGUUAAGAAGCAACCGCGAUCAAUGAACGAUCUCGGUAGCUUGAAAAUUCUGUGGGAAGGAUGAUUGUUGUUUAAGCGAGAAGAUAAACAAUCGAAUGUUGUUCUACCGUCUAACCGAGACGGAAAAGUCUGCUCGCGAUACGUUCGCGGAGAGAAGAGUUGAAAAAAGAGAGCACAAUGCUGACGCGAUCGAUGCGAAUGAACCUCAUCUGGAAAUUCGAAACGAGCGAGGUGAAUUAGAGCAAUCGGCUCGCCAGCGGUUUCCGCAAAACGCGCAGCGACGCGAUGGAAUUCCGUUGAAUUCAACCGACGAUAAAUCACUGUGCGUCAAAUAAUUUCCGACUCAAUUAAAAUAUUCGUCGCCGCUGGCGAAAGAGAUGAUUCGAGUUUUCCGAUCGCGAAAAUCCGAUACCAAAAAAUGGAAUAUUCGUGUAACAUUUCCCACCAAGGAAACGAAGCGCAAUUGACUUCGAUCCCAGCGAAACGUUUCCACUGUUUACAGAAGCAACAUGGAUUCACCGAGGCUUGUCGAAUUAAUGAAUUGAAGCUUUUAUUGUCGAUGCAUUGUCUGCUCUAAGAGAGAGAGGACAGAAUGGUGUAAUUAAAGCGGCGAGACGAUCUAGCUAGAAGAGCGUCGAGCACGAAAGACGUCGCGUCGCGGGAAAAAUCGGCCGACCCUCGAUUGUUCGGCGGAUCGUCUUAAUUACGCGUUGCACAUUGUAACGGCGAAUCGAUAUUCCCGAAACAUCGGACGCGGAGGAUGCGUGUCCGCUGGCAAAAAGAACGGAACAAAGGCAGCCCGAUAACACCGCGGAACACGCGGUGCACGGCGACGGUUUCGGAGAUCGAGCCCACGAGCGGGAGCUAAUUGGCGUCUGCUCGACGGCGACGCGGCGUGUUAAUUCUGUAAUUAGAGGGAAGCCCGAAGAGGGAUCGUUGAAACGACAAACGCGAUUCAAGAGGCGCGAGUCUGAGUGCGUUUCGCGCGCCCGUCUCGCCGACGGAGAUCCUCGGCCAUGCGCCGGAAUAAAAAUAAAGCUGGCCGACGCGCGCGAAUCGCCCGCCACGCUUUCGACUAUGAUUGAACGCUUUUAGGCUUUCCUCGGUCUCCCGGAAAAUAGUUUCCCGCGUCGAUUGCUGAUUUAUCCGACGUGUAGUUCGAGGAUAAACUGUUUCGGCCGUUCCAAACCGUGCUCCGCCAGCGGACGGAUAAGUCGCAGGAGGAUGUGAUUUCGAGGCUACCCAGGCGGGAAGCGCAAAAUGCCCCAAGGAAGCAUCCAAUAUCAAGGGACGCAGAGAAGAGCCUGCGGUCCGGGAGCGCACUGGAAUGUCCAGGUGGUGAGAGACAAGGUGACUACGCGGUGUUUGUGGUACGCCUGCGAAGCUCUCGGAAUUGGCCUGCUGUUAAUGCUUUUAGGAGCUUGCAUGGCAACUAUAGGAUAUUUCGCAGAUCAACUGUCCGUGGCACAAGAGGUCAGAGGUAAUCUAACAAUAAGAGUGAAAAAUGAAUCACGAGGAUUUCAUCUGAACAACCUUAGUUACGCUGGACCAAUCGUUAUGGGUGUAGGAGGAUUUAUCGUAGUAGCAGCUUGCGUGAUGACUUUCGAGGCUCGCGAUAACGCCGCCAAAGUGGUGCCAGCACGUUUUCGUUUUAAUCAAACGUCGACGGUAAAGAACAUGAAAAAUCUACGAACUCGAAGAUCGAUAUCUAGUCAGACGACUAAAUGGGACCACCAACUUGGUGUGUUUAGAGUAAAUAGGAGUCCAAGCCCUAGCAUACACGAAGUGUUGAGGAAACAGCUCACAGCUGAAUUCAUGCAAUUUUCAAAGAAUCUGAACGAUAAGCAAACUGGCCAUUGCAUCAAAAAGAGUCCCAGCGCGCCAACUUUAAUAGACAAGAAAUCACCUCGCAAACGAACCUCCAAAUACGCUGGAUGCGCGCUGUUGAACCCAGAAUUAUUGCAAAGGCACGCCCUUUCCGUUGAUAAUCCAAGCUACAGUACUCAUCAGAUGAGCAGAGAAAGUUUGGAGCAACAGAAGAUGGGCGGCAGCCAAAUUUCAAUGGCGAUGGAUUUGCAUAUUCCCAAUAAAGGUCCUAUUACACUGAAAGUGAAGGACAGGUCGGACACUGCUAGGCGACAUCAACUGCUUCGUCAGACGAAAGUUGAAGAAGUUGAUGAAUCGGUUUGGUCAGCUGCCACUCGUGGUCAUUCGCCUAAUCUAACAGGAAAGAGAAAUUCGAUAGAUAUAAGACUGCUCGAGGAGCUAGCUGCGACGAAAGAUUUCAUAAAAGUAUCUCCCAGAGACUUCCGCAAGGUAUCCUCUCCGAGCUUCCAUAAAAUGUCUUUCGAUAAAAUUGGAAGCGAGCGCAGGAUCGAAAGAUCAAUGGGUCAACGAAAAGCGAGUCUGGAAUUUAGAAGAAGUCCCGACUUCCGCAGAGGAGACUAUAGAAAACUGUCGGUAGACAGGUUCAGCGUCGACUGCACCAAAUAUCUAUCCGACGACGUGGGGAUCAGAUCGAGGGCGAGCAGCGGCGAGAAUCUAAAGAGACAACGCCAGCCGAAGCUGUAUCAGUCCAGAUCGGAUGACAACAGAAGGCAAUCCUUCGACAGGCACCAAAAAGAAUCGAGCAGGUACUCGUUGAAUACGCAGGCGGUGAUCGAGAGCAACGGCGGCGACUGCGAAUUCAAGUAUUUCACGACAACGUCGGUGGAGACUGAGCCAAGCCGAGCGGACGUUUCGGAUGAAAGCCACGGAAUCGAUAUCGACGAGCCAAUCGCCGGAGCCAUCUCCUCUGAAGGGCUGACCGAGGCCGACGCGUUGCUCGAGGAACCUGAAUUGGAGAAUCUCCCGGAGAAUUGUGCGGUGAGCCUGACGGAUUACCGGGAUGAAAAUGAAAAAUACCGUUCGCGGCGAACGGAGAACUUCAUGAUGGAGUGUCGUGGAUCCAACGGCCAGAAGACGAAUCAAUUUGUCAGCGAGAGCUUCAAAGGUUUCUCGGCUAACGAGCAAACCACAUUGUACAUAGCGGACGACGAGGUUUGAAGACUGUACGCAACUCUACGAUGAUUCACGGUAUUCUCGCGAUUGGUAUUCGAUACGAUUUGAAGGAUCACAACGAUGCUCGCUUAAAUUUUACAAAAUUUACUCGGCUAAAUUCCGCUGUAAUUUAUUAAAUAAGUAAAUAUGUUCCAAAAUAUAUCGUGCUUGGUCUCCUUUUAAAGAACAGUCUCACGAUUCAAUUGAUCAAAGUUUCAGUCGGUAAAAGAGAAGAAUAAAAAUAUUUAACAUUGCAUUUAGGUCCUCUUAUUGACCUGUUCGUUUUGAUAGUUCCAAAGUUCGAAUCUCUUGCUCUUUCAUUCGCACCAUCUUUUUCUACGAAAGACAAAUAAAGAAGCUCUACUCGGAUCUAAUCGCGAGAAUACUGUAACACAGUGAGGGGCAAACUGUGGCUCGCCAUUAUUAAAAUAAUAGUAUAGAAAUUUUUAAUUUCAUGUUCAGUAAAACGUCGGAAGGGCUGUACUAGAAACAGACUGUCAGAUGAGCAUCUAAACUCACUUCUCAGAAUCAAUAUAUCCUGAUUCGAACGAGAUUAUGAGAAACUUUAAAAUAAUAUUUUUUCAGUCCUUAUUGAGUUUUAUAGUAAAUUAUAUUAGCCCACCAAAAUUCUGUCUUUUUUUUGGUCUACUUCUAAAACAGUUUGCCCGUCACUGAUUUAAUAUAUAAAAAUUGUUGCCUAACUUUCAUAACUAAAGGACAUCUCUAAACUUCAGCAAUUUACGGUUUUAAAUGUCCGUCGAGGUUUCGAAAGCUAGUAAGUAAGUUGUAACAUAUGAAACUAUUUUCCGUUGGAAUGAAUAUAUAGGUUAUCAUAUUUUUAAUAUGAUUUUCGAAAUUAAUAAUGUUUUGGAUAGUAUUAAAUCAAUGACGGAACCGACGAAGUACCGUUCGUUGCAGCGAACUUGGCACUUGGCACAAAUAUAUGACGGCUGACGGGAAACUUCUUAUUUAAAUUUGUGUGAUUAAAUAACUCUUUGAAGGGGAUGUUUCUAAACUUAGAGACAGUGAUUAAUGGUUUCUUUAUUUCAUAAAAUCUAGAAUAUUAAUUUUUAUAAAUAAUAUUAGAAACGUUCGAUUUAUGGACUUCCUUCAAUGAGGAAUGAAUGUGCAGGUAUUUAUUCGAUCCGAAGAAAAUGGGCAUUUCAUGUGUUACAAGCCUUCGUUUAAAAAUGUAUUUGAACUUUUACAUAUCUAUACGUCUAAACGCUGUUAAACAGAUGAUUAUAUAAUAAUGUUAACGCAACUCUUUGUUGUUUAAAGACACGUUUGUCAACGCUGAGCAUUUCUACUGUUCAACAGAUAACGCGAGUUUGAUAAAUUGAGUAUUACGUAAGAAUUCCCAGCGAAUAGGUGUCUAGUAAAAAGAAACUAAUUCUGCGCAGCGCCUCGUCACUGUUGCGCUCUAAAUUUUUAUUUAAAAACAAAUUUUUAAAUAGCAUAGAACAUAACAAUACGUAGGAAUUUUUUAGGAUAACGAGAAUUUCGCCUAGUAGCAUUCAAACUUAACUUUAAUCAUGCCUUGACUAUAAUAUUACUCGUUUUCUAUCCAGUUGUUUUUAUAUACUCGUAAUUAACCUGACAACCAGGGGAUUACUCAUUUGUAAAUAUGAUUAAUAAUUACCUAAUACCACUUGUUUCUAUACCGACACCAUGUAAUUUAUACUAAUGUAAAUGUUGUUGAGCAAUUCUGUUAGACGAACGUUUAACUAAGGAAAUAAAAAAAGAAAAGAAAAAAUGUCCAUGGAUAUAAUGAAAUAAUAAUGAUAAGCGAGUUCGUUUUACCGGCUAGCAGGUUAAGUAGAAGAAUCUUUCUUUCUGUACUAUAAACAAUGUUGACGAUGAAAAUAUUGAAUAAUCUGAAGAUAAUAUUGAAUAAGAACAAUCUAAUAUUUCGUUCAAAGACAAUCAUCUAUGAUAACAACCAAUGUUCUUCUCGCGAUUAGCACAAAUAUUAUUUACCAUAACGAUGACAAAUAAUAAAUUCAACUGGUAUGAGGUAAGAAGUAAAUAUUCGAAAUGGAUACUUUAGGUCACAAUCAAAUUGUGAAACAUAUUUCUGCCAUGAACAAUACUGAAAACUCUACUACUGAAAAGUGGUGUCUGUAAAAUGAAUGUUGCACACUGUUCAAGGAGAACUAGUAGAAUUUUAUACACGUAUAGCGAGGAACAAAAAUGUUACUUCAUUUCGUAUACUAUACAUAGACACCGACAGUGUCAUUAAUUUCUGUUCUUAUGUAUUUAUUGUCAAUAGACUGCAGGUAUUUAUGCAAAUAUAAAUUUUUAUCUAAUAAUUUAACAGUUUAUUGUUCAGUAGGUACAAUGCAAGACUUUGUUUUCUCUAAUGAAGAUAUGUGUCGAUAUUCAAAUAAAAUAAAAACCUUAACAAACUCUAUUAAUCACUUCGCUAUGGUGGAUUUCAUAAAUUAUGUUAUAAGUGCAUAAAAUCUGCAGUCCAAUGAUUAGUAUUAAGUUUGUAAAUGUAUAAUAUACGACUAUAUAUACUUUGGAGUAUAAUUAAUAAUAUAGGAAACAUGAAUGUUUGUAUUUCUCUUAGGUAUAUCUCUUUGUAAUUAUUUUUCAUAUAAUAUUUUACAUAUUAGGUGGAAAAACGAGAAAUCUACUAUUUCUACAAUAAAAUGGUUGUAUAGUUUAAAUUCAGGUUAUCGUAGAACAAUGGAGGAUACACUUUUUCGGGUCAAUUGCAAUAUUAAGAUUACCGGAACAAAAGUUAAGUUUAUUUGAUUUGUUACUUCAUUUAUCUAACUUAUUCGAAGUGACAAAUAUUUGGUAAUGCUUUAAAAAAAGGAAUGUUGCAUACACAUUCGAUUAUUAUUGUUUGUUAAAAUGAAAUUUACGAUUCAUCAACUAAUAUUCAAACAAAAUAUUGUUAAAUUUCAAUCGAACGUGUUAUUUUUGUAACAUAAAUGAAUAGGGUAUUUCGAUUAUAGUGUGUUCUGUGAUUACCAUGAUAUGGCAACAAAUCGUACAAUCAUAAUCGUUACAUUUUUAUGCUUAACCUAUCAUACGACUGCUUCAUAGUGAAAGUUACGCUAGCGAAGUUACUUGCUAUAGAAAAAAUAUCUACCGAAAAUGAUAAGAAAUCGUGUGUAUAGAUGCUUAUAUUAACUUUCGAAGGAAAAAGUUCAUAACAUCACAUACACGCAUCAGAAACGUUUACUUUUCAAAAGAGGAUCAUUUGAAUUACUAUAUUUUACAGAUCGUCAAUAAUUGAUAGGUUUAAUAACACAACCUUAGUUCAUUCAUAUUAAUUCCUAUAAAAUAAAUCGCAAUAAUUGUCGUUUGAACAUCAUCGUGUUCCACUUUGUAAAGCGUUCCAUAAUUUCACGCGAAUACGGCCUAUCCGACUGUAUUUUACAUUUUUACGAAGCGACAUUGCAAUCGAUUGUAGAUUCGAAAAUUACGUCUCGCGAGCGUAAUUAAAACGAACGACAUUCACGAAUGUUGUACAGCGAUCGGACGACCAGUAGAAUCGAAAAAGGAAAAAUGAGAUUUAACGAGAGCGACAAUCCAUUAACCGCAAGUGAUACGUGAAUCGUCUUUUAAGCGAAAGGCUUAAACGGAGCGUGCGUAGAAAUCUAUUUUUAUAUCUCUGAUACGACGAUACGGCGACAUGAUGUUAAUUCAACAGUAAUAUUAGAUCCUGUAAUAUGGAACAUCGGAUUUUACGCGAAAAACCUUAUUCGAUGUCCUAAAGAACAUUUAUUCAAUCAAAAUAUGCUCUGUUCGAUUCGAUACACUACUGCCAACUUGUUUUUAACGAAUGUAUUCCUUUUUUGAAAAAUUCUGAAUGUUUAGAGUGAAUAGAUUCCAAAGACAUCAUUUUGCAACGAAACAUCACCGAAACGAAAUUUUGCAAAUCAACGUUGCACCGUUCUUUCAUCCACAGUGUUGUCCCAAAUACUUUGUUUAUAUUUUCAACGGUUCUUGCAACAUUAUUUCCAAGUUUGAAUUCAUAGAAGAAAAUUGCACGACUGUUGGCAGUAUCAAUGUUUUCAAAAAACGGUACAAGAAAUAGUUAAUAUGCACAAUUCGGAGAAAAUGUUCCGCAAGAAGGUACUCUAGUAAUCAACACUGUUUAAGAAGUUACAUGAAAAACAAAGGAUUAACAAUGAUAGGAGUACAAACGUUUAUAAGUAAGACAAAUCUGACAUUUCGUAUUACACGGUCUAGUAAUAUCACGGGUUCUUUUCGCAAGAUUAACUCGUUUGUAGCAAUACAGACGUGUGGUUUGUGGUAAAAAAAUUAUCUUCCGGCUGUUCGAGGUAAUUCAAACGACAUCGCGUUGCUUGUUAAUUCUUCAAAUGCCCCGCCAUCUUUACGUACAUAUACGAUGCGUCGAAGUUGGGUCAGUAUGUUCUACGAGCAGAAAUUAGAAGGAAACAUUUCACCGAAUAGUUCGAAAUUCAGUUAUCGACUUGGGAAAUGUACAAUUUUCGUACAGGCAACACGUUGACUGCAGAUUUUAUACAUUUAUUCCAGUCUCGAUAGUCUAACGCUCAAUAUAAUAAAACAAACUUGAGCUUCGUGAAGUUUUUAUUUUACUUUGACCCUAAACGAAGUCUUAUUAAAUAAACGGAAUCUUUGUUUCGUUCUAGUUUCUCUAAAAUUCGCAUCUGUAUAGAUAUCUGUAUUCUAGUAGGUAAUAGAAAUUGAAAAUUUUUUUCGAGAUUGUGGCAAAUGGAAAAUGUAAAAUAGUAUAUUUCGAUCCGACUGUAGCUUCUGUAUUUGUAUAUUUGUUCAUUUAUAUAUUUAUUUAUAUAUAAACCUCGAACGGCCAGUUUAGUUUACAAUCACUAAAUAAUAGAAAUAUUGUUAAACAUAUGCUAAGACAGAUUGACGAGGAAAUGAAGCUUAAAAAUGAGAAUGUACUUUCGCGAAGUUCGCGAGAGUAAAAUUACAUUAAUCCAGAAAAUAAAAAUAAUACUUACUCGAUUUUUAAUGGACCAAUAUAUAAAGAAUAUGUAUAUAAAAAUGACAAAUUAUUAAAAAUAUUGAAAGGAUACUACUAGGUACUCCGGAUCUGAUAUUUCGCCUUCAAAAAUUGUUAGGGAUAUAUUGUAACGAAAAUAUUACGUGCGUUAUUCCAUUUCGAAGACUAACAUUUAUUAUCAUUAUCAAAUGAAGAUAUUUUAAUUAAUUUACGCCAAUAAGUAAUUCUUAUCGCUUAAUCAAAUAGUACGAUAGAUUAAAAUUAAAACAAUUUCUUCACAUUUAUUUUCUUUAUAAAAAUUUCAAGUUGUAGAACGACAACUAAGCUAUUAAUUGAUUGGAAAGUAAACGUUAAAUAUUCACAUGUGUACGCAAUAAUUUUUGUUGAAUAAAUAUAUACAAUCGAUUCCAGAAAUCAGAAUUAAGCGUGAUAAAUAUUAGUCUUCCAAAUAUAACUUCGCAAACGUGAAAAGUGUAAUAUAAUCACUAAUAACUCUCAAAAAAUUGCAUUACGUACUAGUAUUGUUCCGUUUAUUAUUUUUGCUAACAUUAUGUGAAUUUUUCGAAUACAUUUAGCAAUUAACAAGAAAAACAUAAUCGAGCUGUGAUGAAAUUGUAAUUAAAUAAAAAUUGCUACCGGAAGCGAAGAUUAUUGUAAUUGUCAGUGCUGUUAAAUCGUUGCAUUAAUCGCGUGCAUUCAAUGUGUUAACACAAUCAAUUUAAAAAGAGGUACUCGUGAAAUACACAAUAUCAAUUUUACAUAUCUGUUGUAAAAUAAUUUUAAGAAAUGUAUCUUAAAACAUUCAAACAUUUAUAUACCUUGUUUAAAAAAUCAAUUCUUUGAAUUAAAUUAGGAAAAAAUUGAUUAGCCUUGAAAAAGACGUUGUAUUCGAUACAAUUUUUAAAUUUCAUUUAAUUAUUUCACAUAUUGACUAUCAGUCGAUCAUUUGUACCUACCACAAAUUGACAAAAAUCGCAGUUUACUUAUUGACGCCAAAAAUGGAAUAAUAUAAAAAAUGAAUUCAAAAAAAUGAUGUCAGCGAAUGUCAAUGAAUGUGCAAUAUUAAUAAUAUAUGCUAAGAGGAAUAUUUUUAGCUGAAAGGAAUAAAUGAAACUAUAAUAAUUCUUAAAAAUAUAGUUCAAUAUGAAUAUUUAAUCCCACGCAUAUAUUUCAAGGGUAUCUUUAACAGCACUGGAACCGUUGCGAACAAUCAUAAGCGAUCGUAUCGCAAUUAAAUUGUACU